GUCUUGAUAUAUUUACUAACCCAAAUUUUCCAAAAAAUAAGAAAAAAAAAAGCAAAAAAAAAAUUCGCAGUCGGUAGGACUCGAACCUACGCUCCCAGAGGGAAUCUGAUUUCUAGUCAGACGCCUUAACCACUCGGCCACGACUGCUGAUGAAUACCGAUCGCUGCAAGACAGCUAUGAGUCCAACCUCAACUUAAAUCAUUAAAUUAUCAUGUAUUAAUUUAUUAAUUAAAUAUUUUAUACUAAAAAAAGAUAUUUUUGUUAUCAAGUUUUUAAAAAAAGUUACAGAAGUAAUAUAAAUUCCAUGAAAAUAUUUUGACAGAUAUUUUAAAUGUGUCUUUGUGAUUGGUCAUUGAUAAACAUGGCAUCCAGUUGGAUUGUGUAGCUUUUUCUGUUGGAAAAAAGCUCAUCACGUGACGAUGAAAAUGGCCGUCAUACACAAAAAAAAACACAAGUAUCUGACAGAAAGAUUCUGAUAUACAAUUUAUACAUCUGUCAUAAAUUUUUAAUUAUAAAAAUUAACAAAAAAACAUGGCAUAUUUAUUUCAACCCGAUUAUGUACGACUUGCAUGUAGUUGUGGUUCAUUAAAACCAAUUUCAAUGGUUUAUUUUUGUCGUCAUUGUCUUAAAAUAAGAUGUGGUUAUUGUGUAUCUCAUGAGGUUGAUUCUCAUUAUUGUCCAAAUUGUAUGGAAAAUUUACCAUCAUCUGAAGUUAGGCUUAAAAAAAACAAAUGUUCCAAUUGUUUCGAUUGUCCAUGUUGUUUCCAGACAUUGACAAUACGUGCUGGUCAUGCUCCAAUUAGACCAACACCAAAUACAGAUGAUAUAAAAGCAACACCAAAAAAAGUAUAUUAUUUAUGUUGUUCACUUUGUCGUUGGAGUUCAAGAGAUGCAGGAAUACCAGAUCAACUUGUUGCAACUGGUGGUUGGCCAGAACAAGAUAAUCCAAAUGCAGCAAGAAUAACAACUCUUAUUGAUUAUCAUAAAAUAUUAGCAUCAUGUGAACGUCAACAACAUGAUCGUAAAAAAUUUGAUCCAAAACGUACAUGUUUACAGUUUGAAAAAUUUGGCUUAACAUCAGCAAUGGCAAGAAAACGUGCUGGUUUACCAAUUAUAAAUGAAGCUAAAUGGCAUCAAACUGAAUGUCCACAGCCAUCAAUUGCUACUGAUGUUAUUGAUGAUUUACCUGAAUCAAUAUUUACUGAAACAAUUGAUAUAACAAAAAUAACAACAUUAGAACAACGUCUACAACAACCAGAAAUACAAGCUGAAAAAAUUAAUGAAUUACGUCCACAACAUAAAAAAUUUCCUGUUAAAAGAUCACAACGUUGUCGUACUUGUGAGCAUAAUGUUAGUAAACCAGAAUUUUCACCACAAUCAAUAAAAUUUAAAAUACAAUUAUCAGCAUUGUAUCAUGUUCCUGAAAUUAGAAUUGUUACAUUUGAACAAUUAUAUUGUAAUAAAACAUCAGAAUUAUUACUUAAAUUUUGUAAUCCAACACAACAUCAAACACAAAUAAUAUUAUUACCAUUUGAUACACCAACAAUAGCAACAACAACAAGUGAAACUGGACAAACUGAAGAAUUAAAACGUGAAAAUAUGCAACUUGGUUGUGAAUCACCAAAUUUAUUACCAUCUGUUGUACGACAAAUGUCAGUUAUUGAAGAACCAAAAGACAUAAAAAUUAAGCCAAAUUGUAAAAUUGAUUUACCAACAAGUUGUCUAAUAUUACCACCAAGAGAUGAUACAGCUGAAUAUGAUGAUUCUGGUGAUACUCAUAGUUUUCAAGAUGAUCCAAAACUUGUUGUUUGGCGUAAAGGAAAUAAAGCUGUUUUAAAACUUAAAAUAACACCUGAUAAACAAGAUGACAAUGAAAAUGAACCAGUUAUUGUUGGUUUUGUUAUGCAGUAUGGAUAUGUCAAUACAAUAUCUGCAUUGGAAUAUAAAACACCACAAAAAGUUGAUUUAAAAGUUCAACUAUUUAUUACUCUUGAUAAAUUAACCAAUCAAGCAUAGAUAUUUUAAUUUUUAUAUAUUAAUACUGAAGAUGAUCUUCAUUAACUGCUUUAAAUUUCACUCAGUUAAUUAUUUUUUUUAUUUAUUUCAAUGCACACAAAAAUAAUCAUCAUGUUUUUAUUUCAUUUAUACCUAUAUUUAUCAAUUUAAAAAAAAAUUAAUAAAUAAAUAAUAAAUUCAUUAAUCAAGACU